AUGCGCCCUGUACUCCUCGCACCGCUGGGAUUCGGCACCCUUGUGUACGCGAACACCUAUCUCACGGUCUCCAUCCCAACGUCGAGCCCAUCCCGAGCGGUCGCCGUCCCGGCCGACUUUUUCAGUUUUGGGUUCGAAGCUGCGUUCCUGCCUAAAUUUGCCAACGACUUCUCAGAAAACGUCGUUAACGCAAUAGGUUCCCGCAUGAGCAAGCCGCUCAUCAUCCGGGUCGGCGGCACUAGCGGGGACCUACUCCGCAUCAAGGAGGAUCUCACCAUGGCCACUCACUGCUUCGCUGGGCCGGGAUGCCCAGACAACAGCAAGGACAGCUUUUACAUUGGACCAAGCUAUUUCGAUGGAUUCAAGCGAUUCCAAAAUGCGACCAUGACCUUUCAAGCACCGAUGGGCCGUGAAAUGGAUAUCCUUCAUACCAUGGCGUACGUCAAGAAUGCGUGGAAUGCACUCGGCAAGGAUCGCGUCGCGGGAAUUGCGCUCGGUAAUGAGCCGGGAUACUAUCAUCACUGGACAGCCAAACAGUAUGUGACUCGUGCAUUGGAGGUCGAGGAUGCAAUCACGAAAGAAUUCAACCUCAGCGGUGAUGCCGCAUCUAUAUUUGAAGUAGGCGAUAUUUCUAAUCAUGCCUCAGCUUCAAAUAUCCCCUUUGGCCUAGAGGCUAUCUUCAAGGAUGGCAUUAACAAGAAUGGCCGGGGGAAGUUUGCAGCGGAGCAUUUCUACACCAUCAACCAGGAACAUUCCUACUCUGCAAAGGUGUUGCAAGAAACAUUGAUGGACCACACCUUCAUCCAAUCGCGGCUUUCUUCCUACCAAUCCAGCAUAGACUACAUCGAAAAGAAUGAUCCUGGAACUGCCUUCAUCCUGUCCGAGGUCGGAUCAACUCUCCGUCCCGUCCCAAUCGACUUCGCCGGCGGCUUUGGUGCCGCCAUAUGGGCCGUGGAUUUCCAUCUCGCGGCUAUGUGCCGCGGUAUAAAACGGGUAUCGAAUACUCAACGUCCCGAAGCUACACAUGCAUUCUGGGUCCCCGACGACACAGGCCCAGUCACGAAGCGUCCAAUCGUGCAGGGUAUCUUCCCGGCUGCAGCCUUCAUCACCGACUUUGUCGGAUCGGCCAAUCUGGGCAAAGCGAGCGAAGUUAGCCUGACGGGUCAAGAUCGGUUUACGGCUUAUGUGAUCCAUGGGCUAACUUCCGAUCUAGCGGAGAGGGUUGCGCUGGUGAACAUGAAAGAGUGGAAUGAGAAUUCCAACUCUGUGCGAGAAAGUGCAACCAUCACUCUCAAUGUUGGUGAGAAUGUGACAUCGGCUACCAUGCGGCGAAUGCAUGCAGAUGGAGGAUCUACAGCCGUAGGUUAUGAUUGGGGCGGCUCCAAUAACAAUGUAUCCUACGCAGGAGAGCAAUGGACCUAUGCCAUAGACCUAGGCAAAGGGCAUUAUACCAACGGCUCAUUGGUCGAGGAAUCUUUAAGUGUUAUUGAUGGGAAAAUUGAGGUGUCUGUGCCUGACACCGAGGCGGUCCUUUUAUUCUUGAAGUGA